UCAACAGAAAGUAACGUGACCUUACAGAAAAAGCGCACACUAACAAUAAAAACCGCCCGAUCCCUGAUUAAACAACUGAAUUCGACCGAAUUAAAAAUUUUAAUUCUGUUAUAUUCUGUCGAAUUCUGCAAAACAGAAUUCAACUGAAUUGAAAAUUUGAAUUUGAAUUAAACAGAAUAAAACCGAUUUAAAAAUUUCAAAUUCGUUUUAAUUCAGUUUGGUUCGGAUUCAGAACCAGAAAUUGGAGAAUUACUUUUGAAUUAAUCAGAAUUAAAUCGAAUAGAAUUAUUUAAAUUCGUUUUAAUUUGGACAAAUUCUGGUUUUCCUGCCGAAUUAGGCAGAAUUCAUUUUUAAGUUAGGUACCGAAUUAACAGAAUUUAUCUGAAUUAAAUAGAAUUAAAAAUUUAAUUCGAUCGAAUUCAGUUGUUUAAUCAGAGAUGUUAAUAAUUUUAAAUAAAUAGACAUAUUUAUUUUUAAAUAGUUUAUCUCUGAAAAUAUAUUGAUAAACAACAAAUGACGAAUAUUAUAUCUUAGUCAAGUUGAUCGCAAUUCACAAAAAUUAACUUUUUGGUGACCAAAUUUGGCUAUUGGGAAUUAUAGUAAAUUAUGAAGACGUGGGAAGAAGCCGAGAACAGAGUAAGAAAUUCAGAAAAUAUUUUUUUCCAUUCUUAGAUGAUUAGUAAUUAUAUAGACGAAUUUCAAAAUAGCCCAAAUUGUGGAAAAUCGCCUAAUAAAAAUUCUAGUUCAAGGCACGUCUGAAAUUCGCCCAAAUUGCGGUAAUACGCCCAAUCUGGCAACCCUGCAGUUAGCUCCCUGACGGCCCAAACUACUGAAAUUUACUGUAAAUUACGAUAGUUACCGUGUAAAUGCGGUUACUUCACGCAGUAUUUUGCGGUAAAUAUAAUUUACAGUUAAUUUUCGUAAGCCCAAACUUAGAAGCUAAAACGUAUAAAUUGGAGACGAAAUAUUGAGUCCGUUUGAUUGACUUUCGUUAAAUCGUGAUAAAAAUGAAAUAUAUGUAUCUCAUUAAUAAUCAUGUAUUUUUUAUGCUGUUGACUUUAGUAUCGUGCAACAUGCAAUUGCAAGUUUAUUUCUAUUCAGUAUCUUAUCUGACAAUUAGAUUAAACGUUUCAAAUAUUUAUAAUCAUAAAUAUUUAUGUUACUGUUAUAAACUAUCUUUGCAGUCUUGGCUUUCGCCAGGCAUUGAAUUGCAGAUUUUUACUUUAAGGAGUUAAUUGCUCAUUAAAAAAAGUUUGAAUAAUAGUUUUUAAAAAUGAAGGAAAAAGUAAAAUCAUCAAAAAUAUUUUAUAUUAAUGAUUUCCAUAAUAUAAAAAAACUGGAUCAUUCUAAACAACUUCCAAAAAUAAAUGUGAUAGGCAUGAGUACAAUUCAAGCUAAAACGCUGUCUCAAAAAUAUUUUAUAGAUUUUGCAAGUUCGUCGAGUAUUCAUGGCUUUAAUCAUAUGACAGCACCUCGACGGCAUCUUGUUGAAAGAUUUCUGGCUGCGUUUUUCGUUAUUGGAGCUUUUGUAAGCUUGGUAUUCUUAUCGUUAACUUUUUGGCAACGCUACCAAGAUUAUUCUACCGUUAUCGUACUAGAUCAUGAAUAUCGACGAUUUACAAUCACUAAACCAGCUAUAAUAGUUUGUCCGAUCGUUCCCAUAAAUGAUGAAAAAUUUCCAGAAGUUUUUAAAAAAUACGGUUUAAAAGACACUGACGACAAUCGGUACUUUUUCCAUUUUAUUUCUAAUGCAACGUAUUUGACUUUCAAUGAAACGCCAAAAUUUACGAAUGCUGAUCCUACAAAGUGGUUAUCAAUUUUAAAUGAUCUCAAACCCUCUGUUAGCUAUUUCAGUUCCAACGGAUAUCAGCCUACAUGGAUUAUCACUGAACGAGGUUUUUGUUUGGCAUUUAACAAUCACGCAAGUUUAUACUCUACUAUAGAAUAUUGGAAAAGUGAUAACUGGACGAUUGAACCUGUAUCUGAUGUUCCAUUUUAUAAUUAUCAAAAUCGAGAAGUACAUGACACCGUAAAAAUGAUAUCACACGACGUUAUGUUCAGCAUUUCCCACCCUGGUGAUAUGGUAACUUUUAAUAAUAAAUUUUACCAGUGUAUGCGACUAACUAUGUCACAAUUAUCGCUCUUCGUCAGUGAGAUAAGUAGUUCCGAACAAGUGAGAGAACUAUCCUUAACUCAACGAAAAUGCAUGUUUUCUUAUGAAGGUAGACUAAAAAUGUGGCCGAUUUACACUAAAUCAAUGUGUUCUCUUGAAUGCAGAUUCAAUAAGAUAUUAAAAAUUUGCAAUUGUUAUCCACAUUUUGCUAGACCUAUCCGCGGGAUACCAAUAUGUAAUUUUGAGCAGCUGCAAUGUAUUGGUAAUAAUGUAGAUAAAAUUGUUUUAUUAAAUGAAAUCGACUUGAAGGAAUGUGGCUGCUAUGGAGAUUGUGACACAACACAGUAUGUUGCAGAAUCAUUCUCAACGAUCGAACUAAAAAAAGGAUCACCAUUCGAAGCAGUAAUAACAGCUCCAAUUAUCUUUCCUACAGAUAAAUAUAAACGCGAACAACUAUUUGGGUUUAAUGAUUUCUUAGCUUCCGUUGGAGGAGCUGCAGGACUAUUUUUAGGAGCGAGCGUCAUAUCCUUCGUGGAAAUUUUAUACUUCGCGACUUUACGUUUAUGUUGGUAUAAAAAAAAAUUCAAUGGAAAGAAUAAAAAAUAAACCGCUUAGAUGGUUGUAUAAAAUGAAAUUAGUCAAUCGUUCAAAAAAUAGUUUUUAUUAUUUCUGAUAUAUUGUAAUUAUUAACAAAA